AGGAGAGAGAGAGAUUGUAGGGGAGUUUUCUUCAGAGUUCUUCUUCUUCUUCUUCUUCUUCUCUCACACAGUCUUAUUAUUAUCACACGGACAGACCCAUUUGCCGUCUUCUUCUUCACGCGAUAGGGGGAGUACGAACAAGAAAACAAAAAGCACAGUUUGUGUUUUUCUUUUUUAUUUUUUGCAAGGGAAAAAAAAAACAUAAAUUUCUCUGUAGAAAAGUGAAAGAGAGGAAAAAAGAAGGGGUAAAAUCGGGUGAUUCAUGGUUUGGGAGAGACGGGUUUGCUCUCAAGUCUUGAAUUUGAGUGAUCGCUGAGAAACCCGUAAUUUAUUUUCUAGGAAAGAGUAAAGGGGGGAGGCAAGAAAAAUGGAGCUGGGUCUGGAGCAGAAGUCAGUGAGGAAGCAGUUUCUAGGGUUCUUCUUUUCGUUUUUGUUGCUCUCCGUGGUGCCGAUUUCGAUGGCGAAAUUCGUGGUGGAGAAAAACAGCUUGACGGUGACAUCUCCUGAGAGGAUCAAGGGGACCUAUGAUAGCGCCAUUGGUAACUUCGGAAUACCUCAGUACGGAGGAAGCAUGGCGGGAACUGUUCAGUACCCUAAGGACAACCAGAAGGGCUGCAAAGAAUUUGAUGAGUUCGGGAUAUCGUUCAAGUCCAGACCUGGAGCUCUCCCUACCUUUGUUCUGGUCGAUCGUGGAGAUUGUUUCUUUGCUUUGAAGGUCUGGAAUGCCCAGAAAGCUGGUGCUUCUGCAGUUCUUGUUGCUGAUGAUGUUGAGGAAGCUUUAAUAACCAUGGACACACCUGAAGAGGAUGUUUCAUCUGCUAAAUAUAUUGAGAAUAUAACAAUACCAUCGGCACUCAUUAGUAAAAACUUCGGUGAGACAUUGAAGAAAGCAAUUAGUGGCGGUGAUAUGGUGAAUGUGAAUCUUGACUGGAGAGAAGCCGUUCCGCAUCCUGAUGAUCGUGUGGAGUAUGAGUUGUGGACCAAUAGCAAUGAUGAAUGUGGGGUUAAAUGUGACAUGUUGAUGGACUUUGUCAAGAACUUUAAGGGUGCAGCACAGAUACUUGAAAAAGGUGGUUACACUCAGUUCACUCCACAUUAUAUAACUUGGUAUUGUCCUCAGGCCUUCACUUUAAGCAAACAAUGCAAGUCCCAGUGCAUCAACCAUGGAAGAUAUUGUGCUCCUGAUCCUGAGCAGGAUUUCGGCAUAGGUUAUGAUGGAAAGGACGUGGUUAUUGAGAAUUUAAGGCAGCUCUGCGUAUUUAAAGUGGCAAAUGAGAGUGGGAAGCCAUGGAUCUGGUGGGACUAUGUGACUGAUUUUCAAAUCAGAUGCCCUAUGAAGGAGAAGAAAUACAAUAAGGAAUGUGCUGAUGCUGUCAUCAAAUCUCUUGCGCUGGAUGCCAAAAAAAUUGAUAAGUGUAUGGGAGACCCUAAUGCCGAUACUGACAAUCCAGUCCUGAAAGAAGAACAAGAUGCUCAAAUUGGGAAAGGAUCAAGGGGUGAUGUCACCAUCUUGCCAACCCUUGUUGUCAACAACAGACAAUACAGAGGGAAGCUGGAGAGAAGUGCUGUUCUUAAGGCUAUCUGUGCUGGUUUUGAGGAGACAACUGAACCAGCUGUUUGUUUGAGUGGUGAUAUGGAGACAAACGAGUGCUUGGAUAGCAAUGGUGGUUGUUGGCAAGAUAAAGCUGCCAACAUUACAGCCUGCAAGGACACUUUCCGAGGGAGAGUAUGUGAAUGCCCCCUGGUUGAUGGUGUGCAGUUUAAAGGAGAUGGUUACAGCCUUUGUGAAGCAAGCGGGCCAGGGAGAUGCAAGAUCAAUAAUGGAGGAUGUUGGCAUGAAGCCCGAAAUGGACAUGCAUACUCUGCUUGUCAGGAUAGGGAAGAUAAAAAGUGCCAGUGUCCUCCAGGGUUUAGAGGUGAUGGAGUCAACAGUUGUGAAGAUAUCGAUGAAUGUAAGGAGAAGAAAGCUUGUCAAUGCCCUGAAUGUAGCUGCAAAAAUACGUGGGGAAGUUACGAGUGUAGUUGCAGUGGAGGGGACCUGUUGUAUAUCAGAGACCAUGAUGCUUGUAUAAGCAAGAACUCGGAAGAAGGAAAAUCAGCCUGGACUGCGGUUUGGGUCAUUGUAAUAGGCUUGGCUAUUGCUGCUGGUGGAGCUUACCUUAUUUACAAAUAUAGAUUAAGGUCCUACAUGGAUUCAGAAAUCAGAGCUAUAAUGGCGCAGUACAUGCCUCUGGAUAGUCAACCCGAGAUUCCGAACCACAUGGGUGAGCAGCGUGCAUGAAAAGCAGAACCCACACAAGUAAUCCAUGAGGAUUUCAAGUGAAGUGAUGAUGUUGGAUGUGGUAUGCCCGUGUCUAUUUGGUCGAUUUUGAGCGUGGAUCUUGAAUUUUCAGUACCAUGUAUAGACAAUAAAACUCCGGCAGAUUAGAAAAGGAAAUUGUUGUGUUAUUUAUUUAGGACUCUGUCUGCCUAUUAGUUGAAAAUUUAGAGACUUAACAGGGGCAGAUCAUAAGAUUUUACUUUCGAGUUCAUGAGAUGUUGUUUUUAAUUUAUAUGGACGAUCUAUAAUUCACGAGAAGCCAACAUCACGCUGGAUAUAUAUAUAUUUUACUUCA